CUCAGAGCGAGACUGUCUACUAAAUUGAAUCAGCUCAGCGCUAACUGGAGAUCCGCCCUGGAGGGGUAGAAGUGUUAUAUAAACCCCAUUCUUUCCGGGGGAUUGAGAGUCAUUCAAGUCACCACUCUCUCACUCUUCCACAACUCUUUUUAUUCAAUUUCUAUUCCAAUCCACACAAACACAAUGGGUUUCGCUGAGACUUCCCGUAACAUUCGCAUUGAGCAACAGAAUGGCAGCACCUGGCUCUAUGCCGAAUCCGAAACUAGAUCCGGCGAAUGGGUCGACUCCAGCAUCAACCUCGAUGAGGUGAUUGGCAACGAUGACGGCUGGUUCAGCCGUGACACCAACAAUUUCACUGCGAGCGCUCAAGAUAUCCAUUUGGAGGAGCGUGAUGAUGGCCCUUGGCUAGUUGCCGAGUUGCCCACGCGCGACCAAGGAUCCCGUGGAUCCCAGGGUAUCAACUUGAACCUUCAUAUUGACAACAUCAACGGCGAGCUCGAAUGGAUCCCUGAAUAAAUAAAUCCCUUCUCCACGACAACGAGGUAGUUAGAGGUCUGAAUAUAUGAAAUGACUAAAUCAAAUUAAGAAUCAAUUGUACCGUAGAACACCCUAGAAGCUAAUAAUAUUACCUAGAUAGAUAAAUACCUUAUCGGAAUGCCUUUACUAUCCGUGGCAUCCGCCUUUGCCAAAUUCUGCUUGAAACUUCCUAAACGCCGUCUUGAUCCUCUUUACACAGCGUCGCAGCCG